ACUCCCUCUUAGCCGUUGAGCUGUUGACUCGGUAGAGGUCGGAAAAAACACAAAGAUCAAAAAGGAAAAAAAUCCGGAGAGAAUUUCCGUGCGCCGGGCGACUCGAUUUCUUUUGUCUCCCACGGGCCACUGUUUUGACUUCACUGGGCGUCACUAUCUGUGCGGUCGCGGGGCAUCGUGGGUAGGAAGGAAAUUCGGUCUCAUAGCUCUGAAAGAUGGCGGACGCAUUUGGGGAUGAGCUAUUUAGCGUGUUUGAGGACGACUCGACCACUGCAGCCGGAACCAAAAAAGACAAGGAGAAGGGGAAAUGGAAGGGUCUUCCAGGGUCUGCAGACAAGGCCGGGAAACGUUUUGAUGGCAAAUUACAAUCAGAAUCAACUAAUAGUGGAAAAAAUAAGAGAGAUGCAGAUUUUGAAGGCACGGAUGAACCCAUCUUUGGGAAGAAGCCCAGGAUAGAAGAGUCAAUAACUGAAGACUUAAGUUUGGCAGACCUGAUGCCCAGAGUCAAGGUACAAUCCGUUGAAACUGUCGAAGGGUGUACACAUGAGGUUGCGCUUCCUGCAGAUGAAGAUUAUUUACCACUUAAACCUCGAGCUGGAAAAGCUGCAAAGGAAUACCCAUUCAUUCUUGAUGCUUUUCAAAGAGAAGCCAUUCAAUGUGUUGAUAAUAAUCAGUCUGUUUUAGUAUCUGCGCAUACAUCAGCAGGAAAAACUGUAUGUGCUGAAUAUGCCAUUGCAUUGGCCUUAAGGGAAAAACAGCGUGUAAUAUUUACCAGCCCAAUUAAGGCUCUGAGUAACCAAAAAUACCGUGAAAUGUAUGAAGAAUUUCAAGAUGUUGGUUUGAUGACAGGAGAUGUUACUAUUAAUCCCACAGCAUCUUGUCUUGUUAUGACCACAGAGAUUUUGAGAAGUAUGUUGUACAGAGGUUCUGAAGUUAUGCGAGAAGUUGCUUGGGUCAUAUUUGAUGAAAUCCAUUACAUGAGAGAUUCAGAACGUGGUGUAGUAUGGGAAGAAACCAUCAUUUUGCUUCCUGAUAAUGUCCACUAUGUCUUCCUUUCGGCUACUAUUCCAAAUGCCCGUCAGUUUGCUGAAUGGAUUUGUCAUUUACAUAAGCAGCCUUGUCAUGUAAUUUACACAGAUUAUCGGCCUACUCCAUUGCAACACUACAUUUUUCCAGCAGGAGGAGAUGGCCUGCACCUUGUGGUUGAUGAAAAUGGUGACUUCAGAGAAGAUAAUUUUAAUACUGCAAUGCAAGUGCUUCGGGAUGCAGGUGAUUUGGCAAAAGGAGACCAGAAGGGACGGAAAGGAGGAACAAAAGGACCAUCAAAUGUGUUCAAGAUUGUGAAGAUGAUUAUGGAAAGAAAUUUUCAACCUGUAAUUAUUUUCAGUUUUAGUAAGAAAGAUUGUGAAGCCUAUGCACUUCAAAUGACCAAAUUAGAUUUUAAUACAGAUGAAGAAAAGAAGAUGGUUGAAGAAGUAUUCAGUAAUGCAAUUGACUGCUUGUCUGAUGAAGAUAAAAAACUCCCUCAAGUUGAACACGUACUUCCUCUUUUGAAGCGGGGGAUUGGUAUUCACCAUGGUGGUUUACUUCCUAUUUUGAAAGAAACUAUAGAAAUUCUCUUUUCUGAAGGCUUAAUAAAGGCCUUAUUUGCCACAGAGACUUUUGCUAUGGGAAUUAACAUGCCAGCUAGAACUGUUUUAUUUACAAAUGCCCGCAAAUUUGAUGGGAAGGAUUUCCGAUGGAUUUCCUCUGGUGAAUACAUUCAGAUGUCUGGUCGUGCUGGAAGGAGGGGAAUGGAUGAUAGAGGAAUUGUAAUUCUCAUGGUAGAUGAAAAGAUGAGCCCAACAAUUGGAAAACAAUUACUUAAGGGCUCAGCUGAUCCUCUAAAUAGUGCUUUCCAUUUGACCUAUAAUAUGGUUUUGAACUUACUGCGUGUAGAAGAAAUUAAUCCUGAGUACAUGUUGGAAAAAUCCUUCUACCAGUUUCAGCAUUAUAGAGCAAUUCCAGGAGUUGUAGAGAAGGUAAAGAACUCAGAAGAACAGUAUAAUAAAAUAGUAAUUCCCAAUGAAGAAAGUGUAGUCAUCUAUUAUAAGAUUAGACAGCAGCUUGCCAAACUGGGUAAAGAAAUUGAAGAAUAUAUUCACAAACCAAAAUAUUGCUUACCAUUUCUGCAACCAGGUCGUUUGGUAAAGGUAAAGAAUGAAGGAGAUGACUUUGGCUGGGGAGUAGUGGUGAAUUUCUCAAAAAAGUCAAAUGUUAAGCCUAAUUCUGGUGAGCUGGAUCCAUUAUAUGUAGUAGAAGUACUUCUGCGCUGUAGCAAAGAGAGCUUGAAAAAUUCAGCUACUGAGGCUGCAAAACCAGCUAAACCUGAUGAGAAAGGGGAGAUGCAGGUUGUCCCAGUUCUGGUGCAUCUCCUGUCUGCUAUCAGCAGUGUUAGACUUUAUAUUCCUAAAGACCUUCGGCCAGUGGACAAUAGACAGAGUGUUUUAAAAUCAAUUCAGGAAGUUCAGAAACGUUUUCCUGAUGGUGUUCCCUUAUUAGAUCCUAUUGAUGAUAUGGGCAUUCAAGAUCAAGGACUGAAAAAAGUCAUUCAGAAAGUAGAGGCUUUUGAGCAUCGAAUGUAUUCUCAUCCACUUCACAAUGACCCAAAUUUGGAAACUGUGUAUACACUUUGUGAAAAAAAGGCACAGAUUGCAAUAGAUAUUAAAUCUGCAAAGCGAGAACUGAAGAAAGCAAGAACAGUCCUGCAAAUGGAUGAACUCAAAUGUCGCAAACGUGUUUUAAGAAGGUUGGGGUUUGCUACUUCUUCUGAUGUCAUAGAGAUGAAAGGACGAGUGGCUUGUGAGAUAAGCAGUGAUUUGUUUCUUUUCUGUCCAGGCAGCAUAAUUCGUUGUAUGAGGCGCCUGGAAGAACUGCUUCGACAAAUGUGUCAAGCAGCAAAAGCCAUUGGAAACACUGAGCUGGAAAAUAAAUUUGCAGAAGGAAUCACCAAAAUCAAGAGAGAUAUUGUGUUUGCUGCCAGCCUCUACUUGUAAAGAGUCAGCUAAAGGAAUGUGGGACUUUCGAUUAUUCACCACCUGUGUGAUUACAGUUGACUACAAAUGCCUGCAAGUGUUGAUUUGCUUCUCCCAUCUCAAGACGGUUACCCUCAUUUUAAUGUGUAUUAUAUUUCAAUCGUUAUUCUGUGAAAGCAUAUUACAUACACGUUUAUACAUAAGCAUUACAUUUUUUUAAUAAAAAAUGUACAGGUGGGGCA